AUCCAAUCACGCCUCGAGCACCCUCUCAGCGCCUGUGUCUCUAUAAGAACAGCUUUAAAUCUUAUUUCUCCUUACUAGCAGAGCAAUGUUGACCUCCGUCGAUGGAAUUAAAGAUCAAGUCUUUGACUAUAUCAUCAUCGGUGGUGGAACUACUGGCCUCGUCUUAGCGACGCGUUUAUCAGAAAACCCAUCGACUUCAGUACUCGUCUUGGAGGCAGGCAGCGCUCAUAUUGAUGAUGCCACUCUCCUGAUACCUCAACAACGUUGGUUGUUUAUGGGCAAAGCUGAAUACGACUGGAGCUUUAAAACUGAAACACAACAUCACGCCAGAGACAGAGUAUUCACGUGGCCUAGGGGAAAGGGACUUGGAGGCAGUUCCGCUAUCAACAAUCUCCUCUGGAAUAAGCCAGCGCGUCAGCACAUUGAUGCAUGGGGUGCGCUUGGCAAUGAUGGUUGGACUUGGGAAAACUUUCAGGCAUAUUCCAAGAAAUCUGAGAGGUUUGUGAAGCCGAACCAUAACACGGAUGUUUUGACGUAUGAUACCAAACUUCACGGGGAGCAUGGCCCCAUCUUCACAUCCUUUCCUCCUGUUAUUUCAAACCUCGAGAAAGAUUUCAGGAAGGCAAUGGAGGCCCACAAUGUCCCGACUAUUCAAGACGCAUCUUCGGGGGAGAUCCGCGGAACAUCUCCUUCUCUGUCCAAUUUGGACCCAUCGACGCAUCAUCGAGCUUACGCUACUAACAUGUAUUAUCAACCGGUCGCAGGCCGUACCAACCUAAAGGUUCUCGUCGAUGCCUACGUCACCGAGAUUAUUACAACGGAAGUCAACGGAUUGAUCACCGCUACUGGUGUCAAAUUUGUCGAAAGUGACAAUUCCUACAUAGCAAAUGUCGCUGGCGAAGUGUGUCUGACGGCCGGUGCAAUUAUGUCUCCGAAGAUACUUGAGAUGUCUGGCAUCGGCGAUCCUGCUGUUCUUGAACGGGCGGGUAUCGAGGUAAAACUUGACCUCCCUGGCGUUGGAAUGAAUGUUCAGGAACAUCUAUACACCGGAGUAACCUUCGAAUUGACGGAUCACUUUUCGGGCGAGCAGGAGGUCAAUACUUUUGAUUCCCUUGCCACAAACCUUGGCUUGCAAAAAGAGCUUCAUGCAAGUGGCAAAGGCACUUUGAACCUUAACACUGUCGAUAUCGCAUUUGUUGCAUUGGCUGAUAUUUCACCCGAGCUCAAUGCAAAAGUGAUUGCAUCCCUGCAAAGUGAGAAAGACGCAGGACUCGCCGCGCAGUACAAGGUACAAGCAGAGCAUCUUCGGCAGAACGUCCCUAGUCUCGAAAUUAUACUAGCUCCAGGACCAUCAAAGCCACCCUUGCAGGGGUUCGAUGCCUCGAAAAAGCAUGUUUCGAUCUGUUUUGCCGCCAACUGUCCGCUUUCUCGUGGAACCAUACAUGUUACAUCCAAAGAUUCGCUUGCGAUUGACCCACAUGUUUUCGAGAACAAAUUUGACCUGGACACCAUGGUUGAAUUAGUCAAGUUUUGCAGGAGGCUAGCUCAGACACCUCCCUUGAAAGGAGAAGGAGAAGGCCGACUCAAAGAGAUUCAUCCCGGACCAGAUUGUAAAGAUGAUGCCGCCAUCGCAGAAUGGAUUUGCAACAAUGUCAACACAACCUUUCAUACUGCUAGUUCAUGUUCAAUGCUUCCGAAGGAAUUGAACGGCGUCGUUGACCCUCAACUCAAGGUAUGGGGCACCCAUAAUAUCAGAGUUGCCGACUUGUCGGUCAUUCCGCUCCAUGUUGGCAGCCACACUCAAUCUGUGGCAUAUGCUCUAGCAGAACAAGCUGCGGACAUCAUCAAGGCGUCUCACAAGUAGUUGAACUCGACCGUACUAUAGUCACUUGUACCAAUAGGUGUACUUCUUGAGAAUUCCAGCCUUUUCGGAACUGUUUCAUUUGGCA